CAAGGUUUUAAACUUUGUGAGCAGUGACUGGCAGCCAAUGAAGUAAGACAAUAAGGAGUGUGACAUAAGCAGAGAAGUGGUGGAGCUGUAUUCUGUAUUAGCUCUAUGAUAGCUUAUAAUGAUUUUCACAAUAAAUGGGAUUUUGGCAAAGAUUGUUAAGAUGCCAGAUAAACAACAUUUAAAUGCAACAUUACCGUAUGUAUCAUACAGCAGUAUCCUGCCAAUAGGCGCGAGGCCGCUGAGAAAUUAUUUGCGUUGAUUUGUAUGUAUGACCACAGAUCUACACCUAGCCCGAAACUGAUCUAGUCUACUGAAGAUCAACACUGCCUCCUGCUUGUCGCUAAAAAUGUCGUUUGCAUACGUCACUUUGGGGGAGGGGCAACGCGACAGAUCCUCUCGUAGGAGAACCAGGAGGCGGGUUGUUGGUGUCAGUCGAAUAAAAAUUACCGUUACACUAAAUUAUUUUCCAUAAUAUACCGUUGUGUUUAUUUACAGCUACUGCAAACGAUCGUAUCCCCGAAUGACCAGAAAUUAUCUGCAGUGUUAUCCUUCUCACCUGUUGGUGGUGCACCUGCUGCUUUCUUUAGAGUAACAGCAGGUGGCGCUAGCAGAGGGGCUGAGCCGCCGGCCGACGCGUUGGGCUGGGGGAGGGGCCGCGUCCAGGAUGUCGGACGUCGCAGGGAACGCCGCGCGGAACGCCUUCAACGCCCAGCUGGCCUCGGUGAUGGAGUCGCUGCUGGCGGCGGCGGUGUGUGAGAUCAGCCGGAUCUUCGAGGGCAGUCUCUCGGACUCGCGGGCGGAAGCGGAGCGGAGCAGGGAGGAAGUGACGCUCCUGAACAGGAAGCUGGAGGCGCUGGAGGGCCGGCUGAAGGAGGCGGGGGAGGGGGCGGGCGUGACCUUUGACCCCAGCAGCUUCGCUCUGGCUCCAGACGCAGGGUUUGGGGCGGGUGCAUGUCUCUCGGGGGGGCCCCAGGUGGACCCCCAGCGGGGGGGGGACGAGGCUGGCCAGGUGAAGGACGAGCUGCAGGUGACGGAGCUGGAGUCGGUCAGCUUCUUCCAGGACGGUGCGGAGCUGGACCGGGUACACGUCAAAGAGGAGUCUGCAGUGGAGGACCCUGAACCCCGUCCUGUGGAGGGGAAGGGGAGGGAGGGGGCUGGAGCCCCAGGAGUCUCAGCUCACCUGCGGCCCGCUUCAGACGCCAGCCUGGCAGGCAAGCGCACGGCCUUUCAUCUACACACCCUCACACACCCCACAGCUGAGCAGUGUGUUUCUGUCCAUCCCACAGCUGCAGGGGACGGCACUGUGAGAUGGACGGUGGUUCCGGGGGCGGGUCCGGGCCCAGUCCUGGCGCAGAAGCCUGCGGAGGGGCCGGCGGCAGCGGGUUUGGGGUGUGUCCCGCACCAGCCCCUCCCCUCCAGGCCCGGCUGUGUCGCCAAGGGGUGGGGCAACACCGUGCUGAGCGGCGACGCGGCGGGAGGGUCCGGUCACGGUGUCAGGACCAGGCUGAGCCCUGCGCCUAGCCACGCCCACAGAAACGGACACGCCCACAGACCUGCCCAUGACCACGCCCCCAAAUCCGCCCUCAGCUGUGCUCACAGACCAGUCCCUGGCCAAAGAACUGCCCCAGACCACACCCACCGACCGCCCCCUGCUGCCCCUGAGGGUGCCCCCACCAACGGAUGGGCUGGCAAGGCCGGGGUACCCUGCCUGGUGGGGCGUGAGGCCCCCGUCCAGCCAGUGCACCCCCCUCCUGGGGGGCAGUUAGAGGGUCUGGAUCCCGAAGUCGGGUUCGUGAGGUCUCCAUACUCAGCGACAAACAGCGUCCCAGCUGUGCAGAGGUAUCACCUGAGCCCCGGGGGGGCUCUGCGGGGGGGCCGGCCCAACACCUGCCCCGUCGCCAAGGUGAAGCUGAAGGCCCCCCUGAGCGCUGUGGGCAGGGAGAGACCGUACAGCUGCCCGUACUGCGGCAAGGCCUUCUUCUACCCGUCCCAGCAGAGGAGACACCUGCUGCGGCACACGGGCGAGAGGCUGCACCCCUGCGCCCAGUGCGAGAAGAGCUUCGUCACGCCGUCCGAGCUGAGCGUGCACGUGCGCGUGCACACGGGCGAGAAGCCCUACGCCUGCCUGCACUGCGGGAAGAGGUUCAACCGGACGGGAAACCUGCGGGCACACGAGCGGGACGUGCACCUGGGAAAGAGACCGUUCAGCUGCGCAGAGUGCGGAAAGACCUUCGCUCAGAAAGGGAACCUGAGGACCCACCAGCAGCGUGUGCACCAGUCCCAGAGACACUUACCUAGCACUGAGCGAGAGCGGUUAUAACCCAGCACUGAGCGAGAGCGGUUAUAACCCAGCACUGAGUGAGAGGGGUUUCACCUUAACCCAGCACUGAGUGAGAGGGGGUUUCACCUUAACCCAGCACUGAGUGAGAGGUCUUUCACCUUAACCCAGCACUGAGUGAGAGGUCUUUCACCUUAACCCAGGACUGAGUGAGAGAGGAGGCAGAGCAUAUGCACACACACACACACACACACAAUCUGCUGGGGUCAGCAUUCAAUCAGUUAUGAGAGUGAGCGAGAGAAAGGAAAGAGGGAUGAAGUGAGAGAGAGCAUCUCUGCUGACCUGGAGGGCUCAUUCAGGACCCGUCUGCAUGGCAGCGAGGGCCAGGACCCUGUGGAGGAGCGGAAUCUGCCGGAGCUGCUGGUCUGUGAAACGCUUCACAUAACUGAGUGACCCAGUGCACCCUGGGAUAGGCUCCAGCACCCCCCGCGACCCCUGCUCAGGAUAAGCGGGUAUAGAUAAGGGAUGGGUGGAUGGGUGGAAAGCUGUAAGAGCAUCAAUGUUGGAUGCUCUAUUUUUGUGUGGGAAAGAAACUUCUAAUAAGAGACGUGUCUGAGAUGAAAGUUUCAAAAAGGAAAUUUAAAAAAACAGACAGCACCGAAGAAGGCAUCAUUCAUAUACUUGGUUUGUUAAUAAAAUGUGUGGAUGUUU